UAAAAUAAGAACUGUUUAAUUUCGAGAUACCAAUACAUAUACACGUUUAGUUCACACAUACAGCAUAGACACAAGUUUAAAUUGCUUUUUAUACGGAGAAAAAGAUAAAUUAGCACAAAAUUGGAUUUAUUAAUAAUGAUUCUGACUGAAAUUCAUGUCCAAUUUAUUCAUUAUUGCAAAAUGUUUCUGUCAAAAUCGAAUGUUCGCGAUUCAAACUAAUUAAACGAUUUAAAAGAUUUUCGAUUAAAAAAUGGUAACCACCGUAUAUGUACAUUUAAAAAAUAUUAAACGUUGUACAUACAUUGCGUCGUGUCGCGAGAUGUUUUUUCGUCUUUCUAGAAAUGUUUACGUUUCAUUCUUGAAGGGCGUUUCAUAUUUCUUUUGUAUCUAAACGAUAACCACUGAGCACUGAACCUUCCGGUCUAGUAUAGUAUUUUAGUAGGUAGUGUGGCUGUGGCACUGUGGCAGUUUACUUUCGACCGUCGAUCGUGCCGGUUAGAGUGCCGAUUCCGAUGAUGUACGCGCCUGACGGGUGAUCGAGGAUUUAAACUUGUAAGUUUAUAUUUUUCUGUUAUUAUAUUAUUAUACUGUUAUUAUACCGGUCUACUGUAAGAAAUAUCACUUCGGCGAAGUUAGUUGUCAUAAAUAGUACAAAAAUGUUAAUUAAUCCAAAUUCAAGGAUGUCAUAAGAAUAUUAAAAAUACGGACUAGCAUAAUUACAGACGAGUAUGAUUACAAUUCCUUGACUUCAGAAAAUAAAAAUACAAAAAACGAUUAUCUAAAUUCAAUCGUAUUGCCCGUAGAGAAAAGUGAAGCGCAAUAUAAACUUGAGAACAAAAUGUUUACUCGUAGAAUUCCUAAUAUAUUGAAAAGUAGUCCUAAAAAACACAGAGACGUUGAAGAGAUCUCGAGCGAAAUAGUUUUCACUAAUAUAGAAGAAAAUGCGCAGGAAGCGUGUAAUCCAAUAAGAGGAUUGAAUAAUUUAUAUUCUGAGGAAACAUGCUUAACAAAUGAUAAUAACUGUAGAAAAUCAGUUCAUAGAAGGAAACAAGAACAUGAUUUUAUAGAUAGAAUACAGAAAUCGUCUAAUUGGAAUAUUUGUACCUUCCUUGAUGAAAAAACAGAAGCGAAAAAGUGCAAGGAAAGAAAGAGGGUGAAACGUGGCAGAAGAAAACAAAAUAGCGAAAGUAAAGUACCUGCUUUUGAAACUGAGAAACGGAAAGAAAGCUCAGUAUCGUUAACAUCGGAUGAUAAAUCUGUAGAAUUUGUGUCCGAGUUUAAUGUUGCUCCUUAUCUAAACGAGAUUGAAUCCAUGGAUUUAGAAGGUUCCAUUGAUUUUUCAAGCAACGAGAUAUUCAGUAACUUUAAUUAUGAAUUGUAUUAUAAUUCUGGUAGUACCGUAUAUGACAGUGAAAUUUGUGAAAAACAAUAUGACAUGAACAGCAACGAAGUAGGCAUAGAUAAAGCACAAUAUUCAAUAUUGUCUGAGCAUUGGAACGAGGACUUACCAUAUCAUGAUAAAAAAUCAAACUGUUCAUCAAAUCUUUGUUGUAGUUAUUGCAACGAAGAUUAUGCUGCGACAGUCAAUGAAGAAACAAAUAUGACAGAUGAAAUUAUGCCAGAAAAUACUAUUAUUGAUAAUAGCGAAAUAAAUUGUCAAGUCAAACUUGAUCGUUCCUACUUACCUGCUUUCGAGACUGAUAUAGGUUCGACUAAUGAAUUUAUAAAUGAAGGAUAUAGUCAAGAAUACAACGUUUUGCCAUUAUCGAAUGUUCCUGAAAUCUGUACUUUAAGUAAAGAAUAUAAUGAACAUAAUUCAAAUUUGAUGAGUGAAGAAUACAAUGAAAAUAGCUCAAAUUUGCAAAAUGAAGAAUACAAUGAAAGUAGUUCAAACUUGCUAAUAUCGAAUACACCUGAAAUUGUUUCACAAUACCUAUUAGAAAAUAUGGAUUCGUUAUCUUCGGAAUCAACCAUUUCUUGUACUGAGGAAGAUAUCGAAGAGGAGAUUUUAAGGGAACAAACUGCACAACUUGGCAGACAGUGUAACAUGUUCAAUGACAUUCAUGAUGACUUCUUUCAUUCGCUUGAUUUGUCUAGAAAUUCGCUCAAGUCUGAAAAAGUGGAUACGUUAAAAUCUGAAGUAUAUGUAGAAGAAGAUACAAUUGAUGACGAAUUUCAGUGUUUGCGGUGUCCUUUAACGUUUAUUUCGGCGCGCUCAAUGGCGAUGCACCAGACCGGAGCACACGGAGGUACAUAUAUAAUACUUUGUGAAAGCUGCGGCAGGCUUUUCAAUCGUAAAUAUCAUUUCAAUAGGCAUUUCAUUCAUUGCGGUCGCUUCAAGGAGCCAUACAAAUGUGAGAUGUGCAAGAGAAUCUAUAAACACAGGUCCACCUUAGUUCAACAUUUGAAAACUGUUCACAAAGUUCAAUACACGAGACGUCAUUCGAUAACAUACACGUGUCACAGAAUACCUGAACCAAAGACUUAAAGAGCAUAACAAAGACAUUAAUGAAUAAGUAUUACCAAAGUAUUAAUAGAAUAUAGAAAACUCGAUUUAUGUUACUGUAAUGUUCAGUUUCAGAUACUUACUUACUUUUUUCCAGAUAUACAUAUAAUUUUCCAUGUCCACUACGUAUAGAUUUUGUAGAUUAAUAUACAGGGUGUCCCAAAAA